UCAUGUAUCCCAGGCCAAACAUCAUCACGUGCACCGUGCGCGUAUGGCUGCGAGAAAUUGGCUUUUCUCUCACAUACGGGGCACUCAUGCUCAAAACCUGGCGGAUAUCCGUGAUCUUCCGAGUGAAAUCAGCGAAGGCCGUGAAAAUAACGGACGCGAGCCUGCUGAAGCGGCUCGGCAUCAUCGUCCUGACGUUCAGCGUGUUCCUGAGCAUAAGGACCCUGGUCGCGCCGCCCGUCGUGAUCGUCGCGCGGACCGCCGACGAUCUCAAAGCGUAUCUCUGCCGAACUGACUGGUGGGACCACAGCUUCACCACUCUCGAGGUGAUGUUCCUCGUGUGGGGCAUCCGGUUGUGCAUCGUAGUAAGAAAGACUCCGUCGGAGUUUAAUGAGAGUCGAUUCAUUUCAAUGGCGAUUUACAACGAAUUUCUACUAUCAGUCUUCCUCAACGUUUCAAUGUUGUUCCUGCAAUCGCCGGCCAAUCCGGAUUUAUUGUACAUCAUAUUUUUCUGCCAUACCCAGCUUACCGUCACAUUGCUGCUCUGCCUGAUAUUCGGCAGUAAAGCUUACGUGGUGUUUCGCGACGGAGGGAAGGAGGAGACGAUCGGCAAACUUUGCGGCGCGACCGGCAAGUUCCUGGGGAAAAGCAGUCGUCCACAGGGUACUAGUAACCAGACCAACUCGAUAUCACUUCAGCAGGGUAAUUUUGCCGAAGAAAGCGACUCUGUCACGGAGGAAUUUCGCCGUUUGCUCAACCAGUUAGAGGUACUGAAGGAGAAGAACAUAUUAUUAGGAAAUCAGGAGCUGUCCAGGAAACUGGCAGCCAUGCUGGACGCUUCGAGUCGAGUCGAGGCUCAAGUAUCCACUAUUCAAGCCAUUUCGACUAGCAUCGUUCAGUUGAAUGAUCUCAAUAAAUCGACGAAGGAAACUAAUCUCGGACAAGCUUGUCAGGAGCAGACCCGAGCAGCAGCAGCAGCAGGAAACGGUUCUCAGGGUGAAAAUCGAUGUCGCGCUUGUAUUGAGAAAAACGGACUUGGGGGAAAGGACGUGCGGGAUACGUCGAAGGAUAAUGAGACGGCGGAGCCGAGGAAAAUCGGAAAAGACAUCGCCGUGUCAACAUCUUCGAAGCACGCUAUCGAGGACGCCGGUAAGGAAAUGUGUCAUGGGAAAGACGGCAAGGAAGCCGAUUCGAAGGACAAAUCCAGGAGCAAAUCCGGUCACGCCAGGACACACGCCAUAGUUAUCAACCUCGACGACAAGAGCAGAUUUUCCGAAGAAGUUACCGUGUAACCGUUACCUUACGUGAAAAAAAGGAGUAAUCCGCCCUUUCCAGCAGCAAAUCGAUCUCGGGCUACGGGCUUUCCAAGAUCAAAAUGUGCUUCGUCAGCGUGUUCGCGGAUCACAAGAUAGCCUGCACCUGUAAUUAUGUAUUAAUGUAAAAGCAAGUUAAGGCAAGGGAUAAGGCUCAUUAACCCUUUCCAGCUCUCCGAGAUGCCGCACGGUAUUAUUAAAAUUAUGCGAUCGUUUUAAUUAAGUUCCUAAGAUCGUGUUAAAUAUGUAUGUAUAUGCAUAUAAAUGUGUAAUAUAAUAUAUUAUGUUAUGUAAUUAUAAAAUAAUUACAGUAGUGUAAAAUAAUACGAAAUGUGCAUUAAACCAUGUCCCAUGAUGUUACACUAUAUUGUAUAUUAUAUUUGUCAGCGAUAUUCUAUUGUAUUAUAUUGCAAUCAGAG